GCCGCGCGCGGGGCCAUGUCGCGGCCGCCGAGCGCGCUCCCGGCCCAGCCGCCCCCGGCGGCGGCGGCGCGGGCGCUGCGGCGCGCGGCGCGGUUCGUGCGGCGCGCGCUGCCGCUGUGCCGCGCGCACACCGUGGAGUUCUUCACGCGCGGGCUCUGGGAGCGGCUCGUGGCGCUGCGCCCCGACGCCGUGCUCGAGGCGCUGCGCGCGGCCGGGCCGCUGGCGCGCCCCCUGGCGGCGGGCGCCGCGGCGGCUCCGUGCGACGAUGACAUCUUUUCCAGUGCAUUUUGUGAAAACUCUGAGAAGCUUAUCAAUGUACAUUUGUUUGCCCUGGCUGCUAAGUAUUAUUCUUUGCCUAACCUUGGAGUAUGUACCCCACUAGAAGAUAUGCUUGAAGCACUGAAAGGAGACAGUGAAGGAGCAACAGGUAUCAAACCAGAUGAGUUUAUGAAUAAUAAGAAAUCACAUGAAGUGAAGGUCAUGUCAGAGCUGGUAGACAGCAUAGCAAAUUAUUGUGGGAUAAAGCAGGUGAUUGAUAUAGGUUCUGGAAAAGGCUACCUGAGUUCAUUUUUGUCCAUGCAAUAUAACUUAAAAGUUUAUGGAAUUGACUCCUCAAGCUCCAACACAAAUGGUGCUCAUGAAAGAAAUAAAAAAUUGAAGAAACACUGGAGAGCAUAUCAGAGUCGAGGAAGGGAAAACCUCAAAAGCCAGAGUUUGGAAAAGUCAAACAACAGGCCAAUGGAAAGUGAAAUUAACUGUAAAACAAUCAAUGAAGAGCUCUUAAAUAAUGCCAACAGUCUUCAAAAUCAGGACCAAGUGAUUAACCAAGAUUUAGUUCCUUCUUUUGGUUUCACAGAAAUGGCUACACCUGAAACCAACACAGAAACUGAAGCUGAUUUAGUGACUGGGGCACAAUCUCAUGAGACCAAACUUUCUGAAGAGGUUCUUGCUGUUCUAAAUGUUCUUCCUGCUGAUGCUGUAGAAGAUUUUUCUUCAUCUUGUUAUAACUGUGGGGAGCUCUGUGAAGAGGAAAAAGUACAAAGGAAAAUGACAUCUCUCAAGAGUAAAGCAAGAAAAUCAAGUGAAUCGAACCUGUAUUUUCCAUUGACCUCUUGCAUCACUGCAGAAACAGAACUCAGUGACAUCAUAACAGACCUGGAGGACUGUAUGGUGGUGGGUCUACAUACAUGCGGAGAUCUUGCUGCAAAUACACUACGAAUUUUUACUGCCAAGCCUGAAAUCAAAGCCGUUUGCAGUGUGGGCUGCUGCUACCAUCUGUUGUCAGAACAGUUUGAAAACCAAGAAGAAUGCCAGGACCAAGUCUGGGGAUUUCCCAUGUGCCAGUACUUGAAGGACAAAGGCUGGUGCUGUGGUCGCAAUGCUAGGAUGUCAGCAUGCUUGGCUUUGGAGCGAGUUGCAGUUGGCCAAAUGCUGCCUACAGAAUCAUUGUUUUAUCGAGCUGUUCUUCAGGUUAUUAUAGAAGAAAUUUAUGGUGUCACCAAAAGUGAUCGACAUGUUGGAAAAACCUUCUCCAAAUCAUCCUCCUUCGUAGAUUAUGUCAGACGAUCUCUGAAAAAGCUGGAACUGGAUGACUCGAAGCUCCCAGACAGCUGUAUAAUCGAUUAUUAUGAAAAGUACAAGCACAGAAUGAAUGAGCUUGAAGCAUUUAAUAUGUUGAAGGUUGUUCUGGCUCCUUGCAUAGAAGUUUUGAUACUUCUGGAUCGUCUUUGCUACCUCAAGGAGCAGGAAAACAUUGCCUGGUCUGGACUUGUGAAGUUAUUUGAUCCUGUGAAGUCCCCCAGAUGCUAUGCAGUUAUUGCUCUGAAGAACCAGUCAUAUUCUUAAGUGGAAGCAAAUUGCAAAGAGGUUGGAAAUUCUGAACUGAUAGUGCUUUUUCCUCCAUUUUAUUCUGUUAUUUUUAACUGAUUCCUCAAGUACAGUGUUUGUUUUUCGAUGCAAAAGAAAAAAGUGCAAUGUCUCUUUGAAUCUCCAGAAAUAAAUAUCUCCUUUAUAAAUA